AUGCUUGAGGAGAGCAAGGAGAACCCUCAGCCAACUUUCUUGUGUCCAACUUGUGGUCGAUUUUUUUACAAGAAAUUUAUGUUUGACCGUCAUGAAAAAAAGCACAUUUCAGAGAAAUACAAGUUGAAUUGUGUUACGGCUGCAGUGGAAUUCAUGCAGGACAAAGUUGAUGGCGUUAUGAGAAAUACCUCACAAAAGAGACGGGGAAAGAAGGGUUCUAAAAUCGACACAGAAGCCAACUCCGAUGAAAAAAAAUUCAAGUGUCAGGUCUGUGGAAAGGGUUUUACACACAGAAGUAACAAAGCAAUGCAUGAAAAGAUACACUCCGACGAAAAACUGUUUGCGUGUUCCGUCUGUGGAAAAUGCUUCUCGCAAAGGAGAGUUCUCGUCCGUCACGAGAAGAUUCAUCAAGGAACAGAUAGAGUGGAGUGUGACAUUUGUGGUCGGACGUUUUCACAGCGGAGUAGCUACAACAGACACAAGAGAAUUCAUGCCGUGGAGGAAAAAUUUAUUUGUAGAAUCUGCGGGAAGGGGUUCAAGCAACUGAGAUAUCUUAUCGAACACGAAGAUCGACAUGUGGCAAGCAUGGAUGAAAAGGUCUUCUCAUGCCAAUAUUGUGGAAGAGGGUUCCAAAGACGCAGUGGGUACAUGAAGCAUAUGAAAGUCCAUAAAAAAAGAAGCAUUGGUGCAGGAACAGUUGCCAGGCAUGAGGAAACUGGUAAUAAGGAGUUGAGCAGAACUGAAAAUGAUGACGAUAUUAUUUUAGAGAGUGAUGGGGCUGGGAUUAAUAAAAGUAGCAAACUACUGACGGUGACAAUGACAAAUUGUGUUGUCAUGGGGGAUGAUAUUGUUAUCUCUGCAAUAGAUGAGGGUGCUGUUGCUCUUAUCGACGAAGUUACCAUGGAUAUUGAUGCAGUACAAACAAUGGGGUUGGGAGGCGGAGCUGUUGCUGUAAGAGAUGAGGGGGUCACCAUGGUUAAUGAGCCUGUUACCAUGGGAGGCGAAAUCACUGAUACUGAAAAUUUAUCGCUACUCGUCAGCAGUGAGGUGGAAGUUGUGACAAUGCUGGAUGAUUUUACUGUGAUAAUGUAG